AUGGCUCAAGAGAAGACGCCCAUGCUGCUCAAGACAGCGACUGUCCAUCGUGAGGACUCGCUACGGCGUCGUCGCCACUUGCUACUGGCAAUUGUCGGGCUGGUGGUGACGCCUGUGCUUCUUCUCGCGACGGUAUUCAACUGGAAGGGAGAUGAAUCAACUGCUCCCGUCACUACCACCUUUGAUCAGCACCAUUUACCGACCCUAAACAUGGACGUCGUACCGACGAACCUGCUAGCACAAUGCGAUGAGAAGUUCUUGACGCAGACACUCGACCACUUCGACGUCGGAGCGCCCACCUACCAGCAACGAUACUUCGUCUGUGACAAGCAAUUCCGACCCGGAGGCGUCAUGUUCUUCUACGUCGGCAAUGAGGCGGAUGUCGAGUUGUACCUAAACCACACGGGUCUCAUGUGGGAGAACGCCGACGAGUUCGGUGCUAUGCUCGUGUUCGCGGAGCACCGAUACUUUGGCAAGUCGGUACCGUUCGGGAAGGACGUGACGAAGCACAUGAAAUAUCUGUCGACGGAGCAGGCACUGGCAGACUUUGCGGUGUUGAUCACUUACUUGAAGACUGAAUGGAAGCUUGAUAUCCCUGUCAUUGGUUUCGGUGGCUCGUACGGCGGUAUGUUGGGAUCUUGGCUCCGCAUGAAAUACCCCCACAUCAUUGACGGGGUUAUUGCGGGGUCGGCUCCAAUCCUUUCAUUCCUCGGGGACGAAGUUCCUCUAGACAAGGGCUCGUUCGAACGCAUUGUGACUUUUGAUGCGUCCGAGGAAGCGGGCUCUGCUCCAAACUGUGUACCAAACAUCCGCCGCACGUGGCCAGCAAUGAAGAAACUAGGAGACACUGAAGACGGUCGAAAGCAGCUGAAAAGGGCGCUUUCACUUUGUGAUUCCGUGAAGCUGGAGUCCCGAAAGGAUGUGGAUGAGGUCAUGGACUGGGCCAAGUCGGCAUUUGACUACAUGGCCAUGGGGAACUACCCGUACCCGUCGUCGUACAUCAUGAAUGGCGUUAGUGUUCUACCCGCAUACCCAGUCCGCGUGGCAUGUUCCUUUGUUGCUGACGAGUUCGCUCCAGAUGAUGAGGUGGCUCUCCUGUCCGCGUUUGCCAAAUCACUGGGUGUGUACUAUAAUAGCACAAAACACCAAGAGUGCUACGAGCUUAAUGCUGCUUCCAAUGAGUCUGCUCUGGACUCGGACUUCUGGGACUACAUCUUUUGUGCCGAGAUUUAUCAGCCUCAGAACGUUGACGGUGUGAACGAUAUGUUCUGGUCUAUUCCGUGGAACUUUACUGCUGAUAAUGAGAAUUGCAAACGCGAGUGGGGGGUCGAGAUUCGUCCGUUGUGGGCCACGACGCAGUAUGGUGGUCGCAAGGCUCUAAAGGCGGCGAGCAACAUCGUCUUCAGCAACGGCAAUUACGAUCCGUGGUCGGGUACGGGAGUGCUACAGAACUACUCGGACUCUGUUGUUGCUUUAUCGGUUGAAGGAGGCGCCCACCACCUUGAUCUCAUGUUUAGCAACGAACUCGACACUGCGUCGGUUCUGGCCGUGCGCGAGGCGGAAAAACAGCACAUGCACAAGUGGGCUCGAGAGUUUUACGAGCGUAAAGCUGCCGUCGCCAGUGAAUGA